UGUCUCUCUCGACUUGAUAUCUUUCCCUGCACAAUGGCGCCUCUCGCUCCAGAACCCCGCAUCAACGCCAGUUUGCUGGCGAAAUACAGGGGUCAAACUGUACGACUUCCAGCCAAAGUGGUGAAGAUUGUAGGCAGCACAGCGACGGUUGAGGCUUCAGACGGAGGCCAGAUAGGCGUACAUCUCGGUCGGGACAUGCACAUUGCAGAUACAUAUGUGGAGAUCAUUGGAAGCGUCAAGGAUGAUCUUAGUCUCAAGGCAUUGACAAGUAUCAAUCUCGGAGAUCGUCUCGAUAUGAAGGCAGUUCAGGCAGUGAUCGAGUUCUCCCAGUCGUCAAAAGGAGAGGGAAUUCUCGUGUGAGAGGGACCCUUUGGACCUGUAACUCCAGUAGACCGACAAGGCAUAUGA